AGUCGGGGGGCGGGGCUUCGCGGGUGGCGGUGGCGGCGACUGGAGCGGCGGCCGCGGUGGCAGGUUCUGGGGCAGCUGCUGCAGUCCGUAGCCCCAUGGUGCGGGGCCGCGGCCAGGCCUCAGGAGGAGCCCGAGCCCCAGACCGUACCGGCUUGACCGUGCGGGCCCGCGCAGCCCGGAGUGCCCGCUGCCCGUCGGGCCCCGCGGGGGCGCAGCCCGGCUGGCCAUGGGGUCCCUGUUCCGAAGCGAGACCAUGUGCCUGGCGCAGCUCUUCCUGCAGUCCGGCACGGCCUACGAGUGCCUCAGCGCCUUGGGCGAGAAGGGCCUGGUCCAGUUCCGAGACCUCAACCAGAAUGUGAGUUCUUUCCAAAGAAAAUUUGUUGGUGAAGUGAAGAGGUGUGAAGAGCUAGAGCGAAUAUUGGCAUACUUGGUGCAGGAAAUUAAUCGAGCUGACAUUCCCCUUCCAGAGGGAGAGACUAGUCCUCUCGCACCACCUCUUAAACAAGUUCUCGAAAUGCAGGAGCAGUUGCAGAAGCUGGAAGUUGAACUGAGAGAAGUCACCAAGAAUAAAGAGAAACUGAGGAAGAACCUACUGGAGCUGAUCGAGUACACCCAUAUGCUGCGAGUGACCAAAACCUUCGUCAAACGAAAUGUGGAGUUUGAACCCACUUAUGAAGAAUUCCCUCCCUUGGAGAGUGAUUCUUUGUUGGAUUAUAGCUGUAUGCAGAGGCUGGGAGCAAAACUGGGAUUUGUAUCUGGCCUAAUUAACCAAGGAAAAGUUGAAGCAUUUGAAAAAAUGUUGUGGAGGGUCUGCAAAGGGUACACCAUCGUGACCUACGCCGAGCUGGAUGAGCCCCUGGAAGACCCUGAAACAGGACAAGUCAUAAAAUGGUAUGUGUUUUUGAUAUCCUUUUGGGGAGAGCAGAUUGGCCACAAGGUUAAGAAGAUAUGUGAUUGUUACCACUGCCACGUCUACCCCUACCCCAACACUGCUGAGGAGCGGAGAGAGAUUCAGGAGGGACUCAACACCCGCAUUCAAGAUCUUUAUACUGUACUUCACAAAACUGAGGAUUAUCUGAGGCAAGUGCUGUGCAAAGCCGCCGAAUCGGUCUACAGCCGCGUCAUCCAGGUGAAGAAGAUGAAAGCCAUUUACCACAUGCUGAACAUGUGCAGCUUCGACGUGACCAACAAGUGCCUGAUCGCUGAGGUCUGGUGUCCCCAGGCUGAGCUGCAUGAGCUGCGCCGGGCGCUGGAGGAGGGCUCGAGAGAGAGCGGUGCUACAAUCCCCUCAUUUAUGAACACUAUCCCAACAAAAGAAACACCCCCAACUCUAAUCCGGACAAACAAAUUCACCGAGGGAUUUCAGAACAUCGUGGAUGCCUAUGGAGUUGGGAGCUACCGAGAAGUGAACCCAGCUCUCUUCACCAUCAUCACUUUCCCCUUUUUAUUCGCUGUGAUGUUUGGAGACCUCGGCCAUGGCUUUGUGAUGUUCCUAUUCGCCCUCUUGUUGGUGUUAAAUGAAGAUCAUCCCAGACUCAGUCAGUCACAGGAGAUCAUUCGGAUGUUUUUCAACGGUCGGUACAUCCUCCUGCUGAUGGGGCUGUUCUCAGUGUACACAGGCCUCAUCUAUAACGACUGCUUCUCCAAGUCCGUCAACCUCUUUGGCUCCGGGUGGAACGUGUCCGCCAUGUAUAGCUCCAGCCACAGCCCUGCAGAGCAGAAGAAGAUGGUUCUGUGGAAGUACGUGUCCUGCUGUCAGAUGGUAUUUUGGGUGGAAGAGCCUUCCCCCAAGGCCCCAUCACCGCCUCGCUGGAAGCCCUCUCACUCUGCCUCUCUUUGCAGUGACAGCGUCGUCAGGCACAAUAGGGUCUUGCAGUUGGAUCCGAGUGUCCCUGGAGUGUUCCGAGGCCCCUACCCUCUUGGCAUCGAUCCAAUUUGGAACUUGGCCACAAAUCGUCUCACUUUCCUAAACUCUUUCAAAAUGAAAAUGUCUGUGAUUUUAGGAAUUAUUCACAUGACUUUUGGAGUCAUUCUUGGAAUAUUUAACCACUUGCAUUUCAGGAAGAAGUUCAAUAUUUAUUUGGUUUCCAUCCCAGAACUUCUCUUCAUGCUCUGCAUGUUUGGAUACCUUAUAUUUAUGAUUGUCUAUAAGUGGCUGGUUUAUUCAGCAGAAACCUCCAGAGUUGCUCCUAGCAUUCUGAUUGAGUUCAUUAACAUGUUUUUAUUCCCGGCUAGUGAAACGAGUGGUCUUUAUCCAGGGCAGGAGCACGUCCAGAGGCUGCUGCUGGUCGUCACGGCACUGUCUGUCCCCGUACUCUUCUUGGGAAAGCCACUCUUUUUGUGGUGGCUACACAAUGGACGCAGUUGCUUUGGGGUCAGCAGGAGUGGUUACACACUUAUAAGGAAAGAUAGCGAAGAAGAGGUGUCUUUGCUGGGAAGCCAAGACAUAGAAGAGGGAAGCAACCAAAUGGAAGAUGGACGCAGAGAGGUGACGUGUGAAGAGUUUAAUUUUGGAGAAAUAUUAAUGACCCAAGUAAUCCAUUCCAUCGAAUACUGUCUGGGCUGCAUCUCCAACACUGCUUCGUACCUGAGGCUCUGGGCGCUCAGUUUGGCUCACGCACAGUUAUCUGACGUCCUGUGGGCCAUGCUGAUGCGCGUGGGGCUCCGCGUAGACACGGUUUAUGGGGUCUUUCUGCUGCUCCCGGUGAUUGCGCUGUUUGCAGUUUUGACAAUUUUCAUCCUUUUGAUCAUGGAAGGGCUUUCUGCAUUUCUUCACGCCAUACGCCUCCACUGGGUUGAAUUUCAGAACAAAUUCUACAUUGGUGCAGGCACCAAAUUUGUUCCUUUUUCAUUCAGAUUACUUUCUUCGAAGUUCAGUGACAACGUGGCAUGAUCAUAUUGCCACGUCCAAGAAGUUCCAGAUUAAUGGAGAAUUAUCAUGUUACAGAAUUUCACUCAUGUUAAACUGAUGAUAGGAAAACUUCCAUCUUCAUUGAUUGCCUUAUGAGAUAGCCAAAUACUUCUGUAAGAUAUACCUCUUCCUCAUAAGUUAAAUAUUUUGUAAAGUUUCUCAAUUUCAGAUAUAUAAAUUUCUUUCAGUUUUUAUGAUGAGCAAAUAUAAGUUAAUGCCAAAAAGUUAUGUAAAAGUUAUUUUUAAAAAUAUAGGCUUGGGGGAGAGAAGCCAAUUUUGAAUGGCUCAUUGAAAAUGGUCUUAGAUACUUAAUCCCUUUUCACCUUAUUUAAAAACAAACAAAAAAAGCAACAGAGUUAUUCUGUCACCUGAAGUUGUCAAGUAGUAUUUUCCAACAGCUGAAGUUAAGUAGUUUUUUAAAAAAUUUAAUGAUGGAUAAUCAAAGAUUCACAUUUAUUUUGCUCGAUUAAAAGUAUGCCAGCUUUUUUUUAUCGUAUGCUAUCUAGAAUUACAAGUAGAAUUGUUUCUACAAUUUUUCUUGUUUUAAUAAUUGGAGAAAAUGGGAUAAAAUACAACAAAUGGCUAUCCCACUUGUAUAUUUUUUUAAAGACUCUUAUCCUGUUAUCCUCACAUAAAACCAAUUAUGAUAAUUGUAUAUUUGGGGAGAUAAACUGUAUACUGAGCCUUAAAACCCAGUGUGACUGUAGAAGAUGUAAUAUGGAUGUGAUUUAAACUCAGUGACCAGCUUGGCUGAUGUUACUGAACCAAAAGGGGUUUAUACAGAGUGAAGGAAAGGUGAAAAGUAGUAUUUUGUAUAUUUUUAUAUUAAAUAUGAACUAAGAUGUUUUACCAUGAAGAGAUUGCACCUUUCCUUGAGAACAGUAUUGCUAUGUUUCACUUUUAUGCUAAUUAUAAAUACAAAUCUGAUAAAGGCAUUUAGAAUUAAACUUUAAAAAACAAUUUAGAUCAGUUGAAAACCAAUUCUUACCAAGCCACUAAUGUAUAACCUUUAGUUUAAAUUCAUCGUUUUAGUUGACGUUUGGGUCAGUCCUGUUGAACAGUUUGAUCUUUUCUGUAUUCUUAUGAAUGAUGGUCAUUUUUCCUAUUUUCCUGUAAUUGAUUUUAGAUAAUUGUUUUCAAAAAGAAAUAUGUGGUAUUUUCACUUUCUUAACAUUUUGAGUAACACACAUGAAAAGGCCCACUUGUCUCCCUAACCCUUCACCCUGGCUGGUGGUAGAGAGUUUGGAGUUUUCCUUACAAGCUCAGAUCAUAGUAGCCCUGAAUUUAAGCGUAUCUUUUCAGGUAACUUCAAAGCCUGUUUGCUGAGAGGCAUGAAUUGACCAUCAUGACAUAACUGUGAUUCUAACGUGAAACCUUUUUAAUUGGAGUAAAGAUUCUAUGCUGAGAUGUUGCUUCUCAUUAAAAUAUCAAACAAAAAACCAUACUGAUGAAACUCUUGAACAUGGUUCUGCUUUCAAAGUGAAGGUUCCCCAGGAAGGUGUAAGGUUGGACACUUUUGUUGGGUGAACACGAAAUCUGAAUAAUGCCUUCCGGGUUUCAAACUUGUCCUUCACAAGUUCUUAUUUUUAUGACUUUACUCCAAGGAUCUGUUGUAAUUAAAUGGUAACUGAUUCAUCCCUAGGACCCUCCCCCCCCCCAUGAUUUCAGGGCACUGUUAACUGAUGAGUACACAAGGGACACACAGUAUCCGCUAGAAUUCUUUACUGCUCCCCACUGGUAAUUGUCAUGGGGGCUACUUUUUAAUGUCAGUUAAUACCUUUAUCAGGGUAUAGAACAGAGUGAAGAGUCAUUUUUCAAUUGAAACCUGUGUAGUAGUUGUGUAGAAUGUAAUGAUAUAUAAAAGAUGAAUUAUUAGUCCUGAAUUUUGUUAAAGAACUCGCUAGAAUUAUAGUGUGAUGGUGUCUUUUAGACACAAUGGUAAAUUUCAUUUCUUUAUAAAGAUACUGAUUCCAAUGUCAUGUUACUAGAGCAAUUACUCAGUUUUAUUUGUAAGCCCUUUGGAAGAACUAUUAUGUAUACAAGUUUUUAAGAUAUCACUUCAUUCCCUUGAUAGCAAAUGUCCAGAGGAAAAAUGGGUCACUCAUCUGGGGGAUGCUAGAUACUUGUUUAUUUUCCUAACAUAAAAUGUAGGGAUUGCCACAUUUUCCAGUUUACAUCCAGGUGUUCAUCCUAAAAUAAAAAUCCAAGGGAUUUCUGCAGCAAAGUAGAGUUUGAUCAUCCUGCAAGGGUGAAAUCAUUUAAGAAAGAAGUGCAUUGGGGGUUCGGUGGGUUCAGUGGGGGUUACACUGAGCCUGUGGACUUGGCCAUUCAUUGUGGCCAGGACUUUGUAGAGCCUCAUCUUGCACUGAAUGCCACUCUGUCCUCGUUUCUGAAAUGGGUAUUUUAUAACAGCAUUCUGAACUCAGUUUUCAUUCUGCACUAGUUUAAUAAAGGGUAGGAUGUUUACAGCAGAGGUUAACACUUCUGUUUAUGAAUUCAGUAUUCAGACAUUUUAGGGCCUGAUCCAUUUUGGAAAACAGAAACAAAAAAUAACUUCUACAACUGUUCUGCAGUCUGCAUUUUAAAACAAAUUUCUUUAUUAAAAAUCUGAAGCCAGGUUUGCUUGCAUGCCAUCUGGUGUAUCUCCAGCAAGGUUAUUAAGAAAUCUUAAUUCAAGAUGGUGAAAAUAAGACAGUUUGGAGUAAUAAUUUUCCAACAGCCAGACAGACCAUUGAAGCUGAACUCUGGUUUAGAAUUUUAAUACUUAGAACAUUCCACUUGUUCCUUGAUAGGAAAUUCCAAUGAGAAGGCUAGGUUCUUAAGGUCAGCCUAAUAAACUAGGGACUUAACUGUGAGGGGAGAUGACAGUGAACAAGUUAAAGAUCCACAAGUGCAUGAAAAGACAAAUUUACAUCUUCCUAUCAGUAUUGAACUUCCUUUUAUUGAAAAAUAAACAUAUUUCUAUUUUUGAAA